CGCAGCUAUGCUGCCGAUAUUUUUGGCCCUUUGGGCAAUUCAUUUACACACUGGUAACGGUGGAAUACAUGUAAGCCAAAUAGAUCAAAUGGAUUGUGAAAAGCUUAAACAAGCAACCUUUCGAAAGACCGAGUCGGAUAGCUUUUUACUUACAGGAGGCGAAAGCCUGAAAAUGGAUUGUGGAGUGUGCAAGCACUGUCCAGAAAUGGCAGAAGAAUGCACGGCAAGGAAGGAUUUUCAGAGCUGGACGAUUCAACGAUCACGAUAUUUGGGACUUGGGGGUGAAAUGGGAGGCGAAAUAACUGAUGUCCGUUUUGAUCUCCCUGAGAUCAGAUUAAGACUGCAUGAACGGCUGUGGCCUGGAGCGCAGUAUUAUCCAGAUGAAGUGGAUGCAAUGUUACGAUCGGAUUUUUCUGAACGUGUGACGCCUUCCACAGUAGAAAACUCCUCAGCGGAAUUCACCCCGCCACCAUUAUCGCCAAAUCUAAAUCUCUAUAUGAUGUUAGCCAGAGAAGGCGAACAAGCAAAAGUUCUGAGACCUUCGGGGUUGGAGCGCACUAAUUCUCGCAUUCAGCUGACAGCCGAUACAGUCUACAUCAGGCAGACGCGUACAGAAGACACAGGUGUAUACUAUUGCUACUGGAAUGGAAAACGAUUGAAGGAAUGGGCCGUCACUGUGGUAAAUGCUCUGGACGAACCGUUCCGCCAAGUAACUUUACCAACAAAAUAUGACGAGUUUGCAAUGCAACAGCUGGAAGCAGAAAUAUCAGCUGAGAACCACUCCACUGAAUUACUGCUCAAAAAUGGGGACGGAAGACCACAAUCGCUGGAUCCACAGAACCUACCGGAAUACAAUAUGCGGGUCUUCACUGAUUGGCUACCGUGGACAGACUGUGUACCAUGUACAGCGGCAGAUCAACUCCCACGCUCAACGGAACCUGGUGGAGAUGGGAUCCAAAUGCGUGUUGGUAUUUGUCGUGUUCGUGUACUGGACCUAUUUCAUUCAAUUCGGCCGCAUUCUUUAGCGUUACAGAUCGAUGACACUUUGCGUGCGUAUUCAGAUAAGGGGCUUCCUUGUAGAUCACACCUGAUUAAAGAUGCUGUGUUGCUCUACGGUCCACAAGUGUUAAAAUUUCGCCCAAGUGAGAUACAACAAAGAAAAUGUGUGUAUACCUGUCCUCAAACCGCACAAAACAAAAGACAAACAACUUACCGUUACCCCACCCGGGUGCAGCUGCGCGUAAACGAAGGUGAGAAGCUCGUCAUCCAGUGCCCAAUCCGUGGACCUGUACGUGGCCCAAUAAGUUGGUUUCAAUCGACCUUCAAUGAUACUGAAAUGGUCAAUUUAACCCACGAGGCUGUGUCCGAAAGUAUUAUCUCUGAGUAUGGCUCGCCAUCACGUUAUCUGAUGACUAAGUUGAAACCCAUUGGGGCAACGGAAAUAAUGCGUAAAACAAGGGGACGAAUCCGAUUGGACCAAGCGCAAAACUUAGUGAUUACUGAAGUUAUGCAUAAAACAAGGCCAACCGGAACAAAUUACGAACGUCUGAUCUGCGUUCAUGGUGAUCCAAGGAGCACACGGGAAAUAGGUUUUUCUGACUGGGCUGGCAUAAUCGAUAUCGAGGUGAUCUCUCGAAUUUUUGCCGUGAUUGUGCUCAGUAAAGUGACCCAAGUUGUCUUGCUCCUUAUCCCAUUUUUGCUGGCCUGUGGAACGUUUUUGAUAGUUGUUCUUACUAUUCGGACGGAAAGAAAACCUAAUAUGCGUGCCGCUGCCGAAGGGUUCACAAACAAGCCACCUCCUUGAGAGACUGCGCUGACAAUCAAGAGAUAUAAACCCCCAAAGAAACAAUGAAAGACUAAUUGCGAGUAUUAAAUUUUGCUCAUUCAGACAGAGAAAACAGAGCAACUCUGUUCUGAAUCACAUCUGUGUAAACAGUGAGAAGAAUACUCUUUUUAUUUCGGUUUCAAGUUCACGUGUGAUUGCGUGUGCAUUAUUUAUGUGAUACAUGCAUUACUGUGAUAAAAAUGACUACAUUCACC